CGGAAACAGCUGGCGCAACAGCUGAACUGUGUUUACUGGCCACAACAACGUAGAAAAAAAUAACAAAUCGCAACGUAAGCAGCAGCAGUAAGCUGAAAAGUUUGCGUGUUAUUUUUUUUUUUUUCAAGAGCAUUGCUGGCUUAUCAGCUGCGCGAAAUGCUUAGACGUUCAGACACAGUCAUUGCGAACACAACACAGCAACGGCAUUAGAACUAAUCAACCAAAAUGGUAUUAGGUUGUUCAGACUGCUGCAGUCACACAGGCUACGACGCCAUUGGAAAUACUGGUCCCCGUUUUGGAGUGCGUCAUCUGCAAUGCAUUUUAGUAUUUUUCGGUUUGGCUGUCGCGUAUGCUUUGCGUGUGAAUCUCUCUGUGGCCAUCGUGGCCAUGACAGACAGCAAUCAUACCAAUCCAGCAUUUCCAGAGUUCCCCUGGGACGAGAGUAUCAAGUCGUACCUGUUGAGCAGCUUCUUUUGGGGAUAUGUCGUGACUCAAGUGCCGGGCGGCUACCUAUCUGCAAUAAUUGGUGCUAAAUAUAUGCUUUUCUUUGGCGUGCUCAUCUGCUCCUGCUUGGCACUGCUGACGCCUUUCUGUGCACUGACUGGAGGCUGGAAGUUGGUCGUUGUACUGCGCGCCGUCCAAGGACUCUGCCAAGGCGUCAUCUUUCCAUCCACGCACACAUUCCUGUCCAAAUGGGCACCCGCCGAGGAGCGUGGCCGCCUUGUGGGCUACUGUUAUUCGGGCUCACAGUUUGGCACUGUGAUCAUGCUGUCGGUGAGUGGAUACAUUGCAUCCUCCUCGCUGGGCUGGCCGAGCAUAUUCUACAUCUCCGGCUGCGCCGGCAUUUUGUGGUCUUUGAUCUGGAUCUACUUGUGCGCUAGCACUCCUGCACAGCAUUCCACAAUAACGCCUAAUGAGCGCCGCUACAUUGAGACCUCGGGGCAGCUGCGACGCCCAUCGGAUGCGGGUCGCGAAGAAUUCGCGGCACAUCAAAAGCUGCGCACGCCUUGGAUCCGCAUCUUCACAUCGCUGCCAUUCCUGUCGCUGCUCUUGGCACACUGCGCGAACAACUGGGGCUUCUGGACACUGCUAACCCAGAUUCCGACGUUCAUGAAGAGUGUGCUGGGCAUGGACAUCAAGCACAAUGGUCCGCUGUCCGCGUUGCCCUACUUUGCCAUGAUUCUGCUCACCUGCUUCUUCAUCUGGUUGUCGGAUAUGCUAAAGCGCAACGGCAGCUCCAUGUCGCUGAGUUUCUCGCGCAAGCUCUUCAAUUCGAUUGGUCUCUGGCUGCCAAUGCUGGCGCUGCUAGGCUUGGGCUUCAUCACACAAGGCAGUGCCAAUGCCAAGCUGGCUAUUGGCCUACUCACGCUGGCAGUGGCCACAAAUUCGGCCAGCUACUUGGGCUUCCAUGUGAAUCACAUCGAUCUGUCGCCCAAUUUCGCUGGCACCUUGAUGGGCAUCACCAAUUGCGCUGCGAAUGUGAUGAGUAUCUUGGCCCCACUGAUUGUGGGACUCAUCGUUACGGAUGAGACGAAUCCAACGCAAUGGCGCAUUGUCUUCUACUUCACUGCCUUUGUCUACUUCGUUGGCAAUUUAGUGUUUAUCGUGUUUGGGCGCUUUACUGUGCAGCCAUGGAACAAUCCUAGCUCACGACAAACGCGUGCUGUGCCUGUCGAUGGGCAUGAGAACACGGAACGCGCGCCUUUAAUUGAUUCCUAAGUGGGGAUAUAGGUUUAAAAUUGAUUCCUAUACUAUUCGAAUUUACAUUCUGGGGUGAGUCUUAGCUAGAAACUGAUGUACCUUAUCGUAGGGUAUUAUAAGAUGGAAUUGAUUGCCGCUAUUUUAUGUUAGCUUAUAGAGAACUUUACAACAAUUAGUUACGUAUGACAUAUGAUAUACAAGUUAUUUAAUAAAUACAAACAUUAUUUUAUGUAA